AUGCCUUUUCUGAUACUGUUAUUGAAUCUCAGACUAGUUCCUAUCUGCAAAAAUGGGCGCUUUACAGUAGUUUUGAAGUCUGUUGGAGCAGUUCUCAGAGAAUUCUCAGCACCUGCAAAUGCUUUGCAAGAUUAUAGGACAGAACAUGGGACUACUGGAACUCAAUACGGUAAAAGGAUUGACGACGUUCACAUGCUUUUCAGACACUGCACUAAACUCCACUCAGCCAAAUGCCUUCACGCGCGUCUCAUUGUAUCCCAAGCUAUCCAAAACGUCUUCAUCUCUGCUAAACUUGUUAACCUCUACUGUUAUCUUGGAAGCCUCGCGUUGGCUAGGCACGCCUUUGACAACACCCAGAACAGAGAUGUUUAUGCUUGGAACGCGAUGAUCUCUGGUUAUGUCCGUUUGGGAAGCUCUUCAGAAGCUAUAAGAUGUUUUAGUCUCUUCAUGAUGACUUCUGGACUACAACCUGAUUACCGCACUUUCCCUUCGGUUCUGAAAGCUUGUAGAAGUUUGCUUGAUGGGAUGAAGAUUCAUUGCUCCGCUUUGAAGUUUGGGUUUGUGUGGGAUGUCUUUGUUGCUGCGUCUUUGAUCCAUUUGUAUUGUCGGUAUGGCCCCGUGGCGAACGCACGUAUGCUCUUUGAUGAGAUGCCUGUUAGAGACAUGGGUUCUUGGAAUGCAAUGAUCUCAGGGUACUGUCAAAGCGGAAACGCUAAAGAGGCGUUAACUCUGUCUAGAGAGCUGAAAGUUAUGGAUGCUGUUACUAUUGUAAGUCUCCUUGCUGCUUGCACGGAGUCUGGAGAUUUUGUGAGAGGAGUUUUGAUUCAUUUAUACUCGAUUAAACACGGUCUGGACUCUGAGUUGUUUGUCUCCAACAAGCUGAUUGAUUUGUAUGCAGAGUCUGGUGACCUCAAGGGUUGCCAGAAGGUUUUUGACAUGAUGAGUGUGAGGGAUUUGAUUUCAUGGAACUCUAUAAUUAAAGCUUAUGAGCUGAAUGAGCAGCCACUUAGAGCCCUUAAGCUCUUUGAGGAGAUGAGGUUUCAACCAGAUUGCCUCACUUUGAUUAGUUUAGCUUCUAUACUUGCGCAGUUAGGAGACGUCCGGGCUGGUAGAUCCGUGCAGGGCUUCACGUUGAGGAAAGGAUGGCUUCUGGAAGAUAUAACCGUUGGGAAUACAGUUGUUGAUAUGUAUGCAAAGCUAGGCCUUGUGGAUUCAGCAAGAGCAGUGUUUGAUUGGCUCUUAAAUAAAGAUGUGGUUUCAUGGAAUACUAUUAUAUCUGGUUACGCUCAAAACGGUUUCGCUACUGAAGCUAUUGAGAUGUAUAACGAAAUGGAGAUAACACCUAACCAAGGGACUUGGGUGAGUGUUUUGCCAGCUUGUUCUCAGUCUGGAGCGUUGCGUCAAGGCAUGAAAAUACAUGGCCGUCUGUUGAAGACAGGUCUUUGUUCAGAUGUUUUCAUUGGAACAAGCCUUGCUGACAUGUAUGGAAAAUGUGGAAGAUUAGAGGAAGCACUAUCUUUGUUUUAUCAAAUCCCAAGAGUCAAUUCCGUGCCAUGGAACACGUUGAUAGCGUGCCACGGGCUUCACGGACAUGGGGAGAGAGCCAUGAUGCUGUUUAGAGAGAUGCUUGACGAAGGAGUGAAGCCUGAUCACAUCACGUUUGUAACUCUGUUAUCAGCUUGUAGCCAUUCUGGACUAGUAGAAGAGGGUCAACAAUGCUUUGAGAUGAUGCAAAAGGAUUACGCCAUAACACCGAGUUUGAAACAUUAUGGUUGUAUGGUAGACUUGUUUGGUAGAGCUGGUCAGUUAGAAACAGCUUUUAACUUCAUCAAAACCAUGCCAAUUCAGCCUGAUGCAUCUAUUUGGGGAGCUCUUCUCAGCGCUUGUAGAGUACAUGGAAACGUAGACUUGGGAAAGAUUGCUUCAGAGCGUUUGUUUGAAGUUGAACCUGAGCAUGUAGGGUAUCAUGUCUUACUCUCAAACAUGUACGCUAGUGCUGGAAAAUGGGAAGGAGUUGAUGAGAUACGUGGCAAGGGUUUGAGGAAGACACCAGGUUGGAGCUCAAUGGAAGUAAACAACAGAGUGGAAGUGUUCUACACUGGGAACCAAACACAUCCCAUGUGUGAGGAGAUUUACAAGGAGUUAACGUUGUUACAUGAGAAGAUGAAGAUGCUUGGGUAUGUACCGGACCAUAGGUUUGUGCUGCAGGAUGUUGAGGACGAUGAGAAAGAGCAUAUACUAAUGAGUCAUAGUGAAAGGUUGGCUAUUGCGUUUGCACUUAUUACCACUCCUCCAAAGACAAGGAUUCAGAUUUUUAAGAAUCUGAGAGUGUGUAGUGAUUGUCAUAGUGUUACUAAGUUUAUUUCGAGGAUUACUGAGAGGGAGAUUGUGGUUAGAGAUUCAAACCGGUUUCAUCAUUUCAAGGAUGGAGUCUGCUCUUGUGGUGAUUACUGGUGAUUAACCGGCAAUUCAGUUGAGUGUUUGUCACUAGUUAGAGCCUAAGUGUAGAUAUAUGAGAUUUAGGACUUUAAUACAUUGUUGUUGUAUGAGGCUUUUUAUUUAUUUUGGGCUGCUCUGUGGGAUCAGACAUUUUUCAAAUUGUUUGUCUUUUUUUUUUUUACAACUUUUUCAAAAUCAUGCGGUAUUGGUUCAAUGCAAAAUUUAAUGCUAUUUGUUAUUUUUG